AUGGAGAGGAAAUGGACAUACUGUGCCGUCUACUCCAUCAUCCAGAUGCAUUUUGUCAGGGGGGUGUGGAAAGAAACAUUGAAUGAAGAAACAAACAUUUAUGCUUUCCCUGGAUCUGAUGUCAAUUUGACCUGCCAAACACAAAAGAAAGGCUUCUUGGUGCAAAUACAGUGGUCCAAGAUCACUAAUAAGGAAGAACUGGUUGGCCUUUAUCACCCUCAACAUGGCUUCCACUGUGAUGGUGGGAAUCCCUGUGAAUCACUGGUGUCAUUUGAAGACAUUCCUGGGAAUAUAUCAAAAUGGACACUGCACUUAAGAAACAUGUCCUCCUCUCUCAGUGGGAAAUAUGAAUGUACCUUUACACUUUAUCCAGAGGGCAUUCUUACUAAAACCUACAACAUCUUUAUUCAGACAAAUGUUACACAGGAUGAGCAGAGAAGCAAUCACACAAUAGAAACAGAGAUAAAUCAGACUCUGGAAAUACCAUGCUUUCAAAAUAUAUCCUUGGGAAUUUCAUCUGAGUUCACCUUUGCAUGGUUGGUGGAGCAUAAUGGAACUCAGGAAAUGAUUUUCACUGGAGAUCAUCCCAUCAGCAAUUCUAUAGUAUUGAAAGACAGAGUGAAACUUGGUGCAGAUUAUGCUCUCAAACUCUCUCCAGUCCAAAUCCAUGAUGACAAUCUCAAAUUCUCUUGUCAAGUUACGAUCAAACCAGGAAAAACAUUGAGGAGCUCCACCAUGGUCAAGGUUUUUGCUAAGCCAGAAAUCCCCACGAUUAUGGAAAAUAACUCCACAGAUGUCUUGGGAAAGAAAGUAUUUACCUGCUUGCUAAAGAAAGUAUUUCCUACAGCUAAACUUACAUGGUUAAUAGAUGGAAGCUCUCCUCAAGGUGAAAAAGAAAUAAACAUUACUAGUGAAAUGAGAAAAGCCAAAGAUGGAUUUUGGGAACUGAAGUCAAUAUUGUCAAGGAUGUCUGGUAAUAUAGCCGACCAAUCAAACAACAUGACUGUAUGGUGUGUGGCUCUGUCUCCAGCUCCUGAAAAUAAAAUGAGGAAUACUUCAUCUGAAAAGAUAACUUUUUCUUUGGGAUCAGUCAACCCUCCAACAUAUCCUCCAGUCAAUGUUACUGAAUCUUCCCUUGGCACCAGAACUUUUCCAGCCAGAAGCACAUCUCACAUAAGUAAGAACGUUUUCAUGCUGAUUUAUUUUCUGGGAGAGUGCUGCAGUGCAGAUGAGGUGGAACCGUGUGAAGGAUCUCCAGAUACAUUGUCAACAGCUUUUGUCGAAGUGAAAACAUCAAGCCUAACCACCACCCCUCAAACCAGCCAUUCCAAUGUGACUUCCCAAGGUUUCAACUACUCCUCAACCUCGAGAGAAAAUGAUGCUGAAAACUCAGCUUCAUGGAUGCCCAGCGAAACAUCCUCCUCAAGAGCAGCUUCAACACAUCAUGAUGAUGUCUUCACCAGCACUACAGGGACAUUUUCUGACACUGCCACAAUCGUCAAUAUAUCUACUAAGAAUAAUAGUGUCCAAAUCACUGGUAAUAUGAAGAAGCCUAAAGAUGAAAUGUCCUGGCCAGUGAUUGUAGCAGCUUUACUCUUUUUCUGUUUGACAGUCUUUGGUGCUGGAGUGAGAAAAUGGUGCCAAUACCAAAAAGAAAUUAUGGAAAGACCUCCACCCUUCAAGCCACCUCCACCUCCCAUCAAAUACACCUGCAUUCAAGAAUCCGUUGGAGGUGAUCUGCCUUGUCAUGAGAUGGAACCCCUCUGAGACUUUUCUGUACCGCAAAACUACUCAAAUUAUAUUGUAGAUCUUGUGCUUUAU